UUCCACCGCGCGGGCCCGCGGUCGACGGUCUGCUUCGGCCCCGGCGAGGCGCGGGCCGCCAUCGUCACCUGCGGCGGCGUCUGCCCGGGCCUGAACACGGUCGUGCGCGAGCUCUACCUCUGCCUCUCGCGCCAGUACGGCGUCGAUUCCGUGCUCGGCGUGCAGGACGGCUACGCGGGCUUCAAGGACCUCGCGAAGAGCGGCGUGCGCCUCGACGACGCCUUCGUCGAGGGCAUCCACGCGCGCGGCGGCACGGUGCUCCGGUCGUCGCGCGGCGGCCACGAGACGUCGGCCAUCUGCGACGCUUUGGAGGCCGCGGGCGUGAACAUGCUCUUCCUCGUGGGCGGCGACGGCACGAUGAAGGGCGCGCCUUCCCCGCGCGCGUGCAAGGUCGACGCGGAGAUGGCGCGCCGCGGCCUCAAGUGCGCCGUCGCGGUCGUGCCGAAGACCAUCGACAACGACGUGCCGGUCAUCGACAAGUCCUUUGGGUUCGCGACGGCCGUCGAGGCCGCCGUGCCCCACAUCGUCGCCGCGGCGACCGAGGCCGCGGCGUGCCCGAACGGCGUCGGCGUCGUCAAGCUCAUGGGCCGCCACAGCGGCUUCAUCGCCAUGCACGCGACGCUGGCCUCGGGCGACGUCGACCUCUGCCUCAUCCCCGAGUCGGAGUUCGACGUGCCGUCGAUCCUCGACCACGUCGAGCGGAAGCUGCGGAAGCACCAGCACGCGCUCGUCGUCGUCGCCGAGGGCGCGGGGCAGACGCAGAUGGGCGCCGAGGGCCGCGUCGACGCGAGCGGCAACACGCUCAACGAGGACGUCGGGCCCUGGCUGAAGAAGACGAUCACGGACCACUUCGCGUCGCCGGCCUACGACGGCGACGCGGAUUUCGGCGUCCACCGCGCCAAGGUCUUCUUCGUCGACCCGACCUACACGAUCCGCGCCUGCGCCGCGAACGCCCAGGACCAGGUCUACUGCUCGUCCCUCGCGCACGCGGCGGUCCACGGCGCGAUGGCCGGCUACACGCGAUUUCUCGUCGGCAACGUGAACACGCGCCUCGCGCUGUUGCCCCUGGACCUCGUCGUCAACCGGCGGAACAUCGUGUCCAUCCGCGACCGCAUGUGGACGCGGCUGCUCUUCUCCACGUCCCAGCCGCCCUUC